AUGGCGAUCAUCGGCCACAAAGAAGAACAUGUCGACCCUCGGCUGACGAGGAUCGCCGAAGCCGACACGCUGCGAUGGUACCAGAAACGCAACCUGCGCUACCUCUACCUCAUCAUGGUGCCGACCUGUCUCGGUGUCGAAUGGACCUCGGGCUUCGACUCGUCUAUGAUGAACAGUCUACAGGCUGUCAAGUCCUGGGUUGACUACUUUGGAAACCCCAACUCCUCACGCCUCGGCCUGCUCAACGCCAUGUAUUCACUCGGCGCCCUCAUGGCUAUCCCCUUCAUCCCGACCGUUUCCCAGUACCUUGGCCGCCGGCACACCAUCGUCGCCGGCUCGCUCAUCAUGUGUAUGGGCGCAGGUCUGCAGGCCGGUGCUCGCAACACCGACAUGUUUCUUGCCUCUCGCUGGGUUCUCGGCUUCGGUAUUCCCUUUGCCAUCGUCAAUGCUUCUGCGCUCAUCGGCGAGCUGAGCUACGCCAAGGAGCGUCCCAUCAUGACCUCACUGUUCAACGCGAGUUGGUUCGUCGGCGCCAUCAUCGCCGCCGGCGUCACCUACGGCACCUUCCAGAUGCGCAGCACCUGGGCCUGGCGCCUGCCGUCCCUGCUGCAGCUCGUCCCCUCCAUGUGCCAGCUGUGCUUCAUGCGCUGGUGCCCCGAGUCCCCGCGCUGGCUCAUCUCGCAGGACCGCGCCGACGAGGCCUUCGCCGUGCUGCAGCGCUACCACUCCGAGGGCGCCGACGGCGACGAGUUCGUGCGCCUCGAGUACGCACAGAUCCAGUCGGCCAUCGCGCAGGAGAAGGAGGCCGCCAGCCGGUUCGCCUGGGCCGACGUGCUGCGCGACGCGCCCAUGCGCCGGCGCUUCCUGCUCGCCGCCGUCGUGGGCUUCUUCACGCAGUGGAGCGGCAACGGGCUCAUCUCGUUCUACAUGAAGAAGAUCCUCAACCUCGUCGGCAUCCGCGACGACCGCACCGUGCAGAGGGUCAUCCUCGGCAACACCUGCUGGGGCUUCAUCAACGCCGUGCCCAUCGCUCUCGUCGCGCCGCGGUUCCGGCGCCGCACCAUGUUCCUCAUCUGCACGUGCGGCACGGCCGUCGUGUACACCGUCUGGACGGUCGCGUCGGCGCGGUUCGACAUCGAGAGGUCACAGCGGGCGGCGAUCCCCGUGCUGGUGUUCAUCUUUGUCUACUCGCCGUUCUACAACAUCGGCUGGAACGCCCUGACCUACACCUACAUGGUCGAGAUCUUCCCCUUUGCCCAGCGCGCCAAGGGCAUCGCCGUCGAGCAGCUGACGGUGCGCUUCGCCGUCUUCUUCAACACCUACGUCAACCCCGUCGCCCUCGACUCCAUCGGCUGGAAGUACUACAUCGUCUACUGCGUCUGGAUCCUCGUCGAGAUCGCCACCGUCUACGAGCUCUUCCCCGAGACCCAGGGCCGCACCCUCGAGGAGCUGAGCUUCAUGUUCGAGGGCCGCGAGGUGCAGGACAAGGUGCAGCACAACGUGGACAAGGUGCUCGAGCACGUCGAGAUGGAUGUGCGGCAUGCCGCGCCUGUGGAGGGUGAUGGUGACGACCAGGCUGGGGCAAAGCGGGUGUGA